GCUAAGGAGCUCUAUUCGGUCGUUUUAGAAACAAAAUCCAAGGCAGAAAACGAGCCCACCUGGGAAGGGAGAGGGGGAUUUAUUUGUAUUUAAAGAGACUAGAUUCCUCCUGCCUUGGAAAGGAAGGCACCGCAUCUCUUACCUCGGCUCCUUGAGCGCCCUGAAAGGACGGAUUUGAUAGGAUGCCUCCCUUUCUGGAGCUUGCGGUGCCAGCAGCAGAAGAAUAAAAUCGUAGCAAUGGUCCCCAGCAGGAGCAUGAGCAAGAAGAGGGCACAUUGGAUGCUGUAGGGUCGCAGCAAAACCAGGAACGCGGCGGCGAUCAUGGUUCCCGUGCGUGUGUGCGGGGCUGAGCGCGGAGCAGCCGGGAGAGGAGCGGGCAGGCUUCUUAUCGAGGCAGCGGGAGCAGCAUGAUUCCCGGUCCGUGCGCUCCUGAAAUCAGGAUCCGGAAUGGCUGCAGCAGACACACACCGCGCUGCUGCGAUGCGCUAGUGAGUUAGUGGGGAGAGGACUUCAGUCCAUGACUCAGCAGACGGGAAGGAGGCGGCAGCGGCAGCAGCAACGGGGAUUUUUCCGCCGGCUUGUACACAACUGAGAGCAGCGAGCGAGCGAGGCGGUGCCGAUGGAUCAGCAGCACCCAGCUGCAGUCCUGCCCUGGAACAUGGAGGGGCCCCCCCGCUUGAGCUGAUCUUGCAGCAUUGCACCGUGCUGUGCACCUCCAGCUCCUGCAUCACAGAAAUGCCCCGUUUUAAUGCUAAUGCUGCUGCUGCUGCUGACACCGAGGCGAUGGCUGCCCAUCGGUUGGCAAUUUACAGCAGGGGCGGGAGGAGGAGGAGGAGGAAGGGGGCUGAAUCCCAAACUUUGCUCCUGCUGCCUCUGGCUGCUCAUCAAGGGGAUUUUGUUUUUUUGGUUUGGACUUGGCUGGCGGGUGGCUGAUGACAUCACACGAGCUGCAGCUGCUGCAGAGGGGAGAGCGAAGAUGGCUGCGGCGAGGUACAGUAAGGAAUGAAGAGGAGGUGGCAGGAGGAGUUUCUCCCAGGAGCCGGGCAGAGAGGGCUGCACGGUGUGGGGGCAGUGUCCGGAGUAGGGGAGCACCGCGAGCGGAACAAACCCAGGCGUGCGUGGAGAGAGAAGCAGCAGCCAGACAAAGCAUCUGCCCGCAGGCUGCUUCCUUCCCUCUGGAGCUGAAGAUCUUUCCUCUUGCGGCUUCGGAAGAGGCGACAAGACGCUGGGAAGCAGAACCACAAGCAAGGAACUAACACGGCUGUGGCUGUGUGACAAGAAAAUCCCUUAAAAAUGAAAAAGUUCACGCUGUUUGAUUUUGUAAAUGAUAAUUCACUACAAAUCGGAGAGACUUCAUGGAUUCAGGAUCUUCCCAAUGACGGCAGUGAACUAGAAGGACUCCUGAAACCAAAUGAGCAGGUGCUAGUUAACUGGCCUGUGGGAGAAAGGAAGACAGAGAAACAUUUAGUAAAAGUAGUGUACAUGAGUGAUGACCCUCAAGAGCUAGUUGAGAUGAUGCAAAAGAUAUUGCAGGCAGAUGAAAUUACAAAAAUACAAGUUGUUGGAAAAGGCAAGAGGAAGAGGAUUGAGAUGAUAUUCUCAGAGAGUGAAGAUAGUGACCUGGACAAAGGGCAGGGGAAAAUGAUGAAGAGUAUAAAAAGAAAGAAAUCAUUACAGGCCUCUGCCUCUGCCAACAUCCUGAGUCAACUUGAAACAUCUUUAAUUAACAAACAGAGAGAACCAUAUUCUGGAAAUGCGUUUCUGUACAGCGAAAGCAGCAGUGAUGAUGAGGAGCCCUUGUUUCAGUUAUCCAAAGUGGAACUAUGUGCCAAAAUAAAAAGUCUGAAAAGGAAACUGACAGACACUAUGAGAGAAAACUGUCGCCUACGGCAGUCACUGGUCAUGCUUCAAGUGUUGCCACAGGCAGUCACACAUUUUGAGGAACUGGUAGGUAUGGCUGAGGCCCUGCUCAAGGGGGGAGUGACCACAUCUGCCUCCAGUAUUCAUUCACACACUGUCUGGAAAGCAUCAAACAGUUCUUUAUCAGAUUCAUAUGCAACUAUCCACAGUAACUCCAAUUCACCGAUAGCAUUGAACAUGGAGGAAGAGGAGCAACAGCCUGAGAAACAGUUCAAGGUUGAAAAAUGGCAGAUUGCCCUCUGUAACAAGAGCAAGCCUCAAAAGUUUAUAAAUGAUUUGAUGCAAGCCCUUUAUACACACGAAUACAUGGCCACACACAGUCUGACAGGUGCAAAAUCCUCCUCUUCAAAGGAUAAAGCAGCAAAACCAGCAAUGAAUCAGAAUGAAGUUCAGGAAAUCAUAGGAAUCACAAAACAGUUAUUUCCAAAUACAGAUGAUGCUUUAAUUCGGAGAAUGAUGGGGCAAAAGCUAAACAAUUGCACCAAGAAGCCAAUUUUGAGCAAAGAUCUUAAUGCAGUUGUUUUUCAGAAGCAUAGCUUUUGUGGUUCACCAGCUCCUCCUCCCAGUACUCAGGACACCAUCCCAUUGGCUCCUGUUUCCAGCGUGCAAGAUCAGCAAGAUGAUGACUCACCGGCUCCUCCCACACCAGUUCAGCAUGGUGACAGCUCUCUGGCUUCUCCUCCUCCCAGUACACAAGCUCAGCAAGGCGGUGUCACACCAACUUCUUCCAGCAUGGAGUCUCAAGGCAGAAACUCACCGGCUCCUACUCCCAACCAGGGCUGCAGACAGGAUUUCAGGAGCUCCGACAAGAAGUAAAAGCAGACCCUUCAUAGUGGUUCAGGCAGACACUGGAGGAUGGGGACAGUAGAAAAUGGGCAGGAAGAAGUGACACUUAACAGUGUGUUCAGAACCUAGCAACAGUGGAUAAAGAUACUGGAAGAGGAAUAGAGGUCCGGGGCCAAUUUUCUGAUUUGUAAUGAAAAUUCCAGAGUGUAGAAGAAAAAUUCAAAAUGCUUCAAUAUCGUCAGAUUUAAGUAUUAUAAAAUACAUGCAUGCCCUACUGUAGUUCAGAAUGGAUUAUAACUUGUUCCAAAAUAAUACAAAUGUUCUUUAUAACCAGAUAAUGGACACACUAUUUAAGAUAAUGCCAAAAAUAAAACCACGAGGAGCUUCACAGCCCAGACCAAACACCCAUCUAUACAUAUGAGAGCAAGAUCUUUAGUCUUCCAGACAGAAGAAGGUUCUUUACUAUAAUCCAAGGGAUCCAGAGAGGUUUGAAAUACGGACAGACAGUGUUAGGAUGCAGAUAGUGUUAGCUUUCAGAGGGAUGAAAAAACAGGGACUCAAGGACCCAGAUCUAGAAAGACUUAGGCACCUAAACCCCAAAGGGGUUCCCUUUCUUGAUCCACGCCAAGGAUACUGUUGGGUCAGCAAUGAGUGCUUCUCUCAGGAGCUGCUGUUCUUUUGCCCUAAUAAGGGGAGUGGGGGAGAAGAGGGAGCUAAGGCUCACUUUUAUCUCUAAGGAGUUGGGAGGUGGCUCAGGUUUCUUUUGGCCUAGAUGCAUGGAGGACCUGGAGCAUCUUUUCUCCUCUGGAUAUAGUAAGGGUGUGGCUACCAGCGUGUGAGAAUUUUGCCAGGGCAGUUCUCCAUAUUAGCCCUCCAUAUUCACCUAUAUGUGGUCUGGUGAAUUUUAGAUUAUUUCUUAGAAGGGUGUGAGAAAAAAGGCAAAUUACAGUAACCCGAAGGCAGAUAAAAAUCACCUGGCAGCACUGAGAGCCCUGUCUAAUUUGAAAAACUGUCCCUUAAACAAACACAUUAAAGUUGUGUGUCUUUCUCCACUCCAUUUCCCACAGCUUCCCACUCCGUUUUACCUCAUGGGAGGAGGUACAGGGGACAGACACCUGAUUCUGCUGGCUGAGGUCAUGACCUCCUCUUCAGGCCUCGUUUCUGCCAGUGCCCUGGCUCUACAAAGUUUAGUUGAUUCACAAGUCCCAAAUAUCCCUUUUUUCACUGAACGUGAGGAGUCCCUUCUCUUUUUCUCCAGGGACUAGAAAGGGGGUAAUGAAGGGAGAGAGGAGUUCCUGCUCCUUUUGACCUGGAGGGCAGUUCUCUUGAGGAAGGGACUUCUUGUGGAGGAUAAAGAUACCAGCUGCUGCUGCUGUCCAUAGUGUCUUACAUACCUUCUCUUGCUGGCUUGGAGCGACAGUAGGACAGGGUCUGACAGGAAGUAUGUUCCUGCUGUGGGUGCUGUAGCUCCGCAGUAAAUAUGGUACCUGCCUUUGAGAAUUGACCACCCCCUUUAGCUUGGUCCACUGAAUUAUGAGUGUUCUACUGUGGCUGAUCAAAGAGACGCAGAUGGCAGGCCAGUUUGACUUUGGAUAUGAUAGGGAGGGGUAGUAGGAUUGAGAGGGACCUCUGUCUUUGGAAACCUUAGAGACACACUUUCCCCAUAAUUCUUUGCAGGGUUUUUGUUGUUGACUCCUGGCUUCCCAAGAAAUCUGUUAGUGACAUAUGGGCCAGUGUAAGCUUGGGUGCAGGAAGCAUCUGAAAUAUUGCUUUUAAUUUUGAGCAUCUCAUUCCCAGAAAGAUAUUGACAAAUUAGAGGGAGUUCACAGAAGAGAAACAAAGUUAUUGAAGAACUCAUUUAGUGGAAAAAAACUAAAAGAGCUACAUAUUUUUUCCUGGCUAAUCAGUGACUAAGGAUCAGAGCAUAUAGUAACAGUCUACACAUGUUAGGGUCUAAAUGUGGAGGAGAUAGAGAAGUUAGUUAGAUUGGUUUAAGGGUAUAUAAAUAUAAGUAACAGGAUGAAGUUAAGAAAGAGAAUAUUUAGGGUGAAUGUAAAAAAAAAUUGUCUUGACAGUAAGAUGUAAUAGGCUGUGAAAUGGGGUCUCCCAAGGAAAGUGCUGAAAGCCCAGUUUAUAUGACAAUGCACUAAUAAAUGCACUGUAAAGAAGAUUCUUGCAUAUGCAGGGGAAUGGACUAGGUGUUCUAAUAGGUCUCCAUCUUCGACAUCUCUGGUUUUCCUUGUAGAUAAGUUUAAGAUGAAAGCAGAUAAAACAACAUGCCAGAAGGCUCUGGCUCAUGGUGUUAACACCAUAGAUAAAAUAUAGCUGAAAGAAUGUUUUGCUACUGUGUAUAUAUUGUACAUAAAACUGUAUGUAUUGCAUUAUUAAUGUAUAUACUUAAUCAUAUUUUUGAAGCAACUUUCUAUAAAAAUACAAAAAUUAAAACUUA